CACCUUGCUGUUCGUGUAAGGAGCGACAUAUCCAUCAUUUCGGUAUCGUCCCAUUGUCUCUACUUCAGUUUCAUCAGCGGCUUUGCGAAUGAUUCUAUAGAACCUAACCAUGCAAGCUCCGAGCAAACAUCCAAAAUAAAUCAAAUUACGAAAUCUGAAAAAAAAUUCCCAAAAAGAGCGUUACGGGAACUGCUUAGCUUUCAGAGAUUCACCCAAAAAUAUGGUGACGCAUUCUUCAAGUGUGGAGAAACUCCAAAAGGACGACCCGUUCACUUGAAAUUCAAGUACUUUGCCGAAUACAUGAGAGAAAACGAAGAUGAUAGCCCAUUGUACAUAUUUGAUGAUCACUUUGCGGAGCGUAAAGAAACGAAAGGAAUUUUGGAGGAUUAUGAGGUUCCUCGUUACUUCAGCGAUGAUCUUUUCAAUAUUCUUGGCACAAAUGUGAAGCGAGCGCCUUACAGAUGGAUUGUUAUUGGACCGGCUCGCUCUGGCACAACUAUACACGUGGAUCCUCUCGGUACUAGCGCAUGGAACGCUUUGAUUCAUGGUCAUAAACGAUGGGUCUUCAUCCAUCCCGACACCCCGAAGGAGCUCGUUCACAUUCCAAAAGAUCAGCGGGGCGUUCAUCCUAAAGAAGCUGUCACUUGGUUUUCAACAGUUUACAAGCGCAUACGUCAGGGAGAUUGGCCGUUCGAGAAGUAUCCUGUAUUUGAGUGCAGACAAAACCCUGGAGAAACAUUAUUCGUGCCUUGCGUUACUAAAACUUCAUUUCACCAAGGAAUCAAACCUUUGUUCAUGUGUAUUCCGACGAUUCGAAGAACGCUAAACGAACAAAGACCAGAGCUACUUGCCACUGUAUAUCAGUCACUUCUGGAUUCGAAACCGAUUGAGGAUGGCUAUCUGUCAGAUAACUCGGAACCUAGACAGAAGAAUGAAGAUGAACGGGACUCGACUUCCACGGCAGACAGCACUGAUUUGUCAGGAUCCGACAGUGAGAGUGAAGCAGCAGAAGAGGAAGACGACGAUGAAGACAUCAGCGAUGUGUGA